GUGGGCGGGGGCGGGGCUGAGGGAGGAGAAAGGCAAGGAGGAGGGAGUGAAGAGAGGCAAGAGGGAGGAGAAAAAGAAAGUCCAAAAAGCUGCCAGGAAAAAUCUAACACUUCUAACGAAAGAUCAACAAACUGUUUGUUCAAAGCAAGCAUGCAUGUCGUAAGUCUGGUUGAAAAGGGUUGCGGCAACUGGGGAGCACAAGUAUCCUCUCACCCAGUGAAGGUAUCCUGCAUCUGCCUCCUCCUGGUGUCGCUCUUCUCCAUUGGACUGUUCAAGAUUAACCAAGAAUUACGUCCAUAUAGGUUAUGGAUCUCUCACCAAUCUGAAUUUGCAAAGGUAAACGAAUGGAAAACCGAGAACUUCCCAAAUGAGUAUCGUCAGCAUGUUGCUCUGUGGGAGGCUGAGAAUAUCUUAACAGCAAGUGCAAUCCAACAAAUAUGGAAGCUUCACAGGAAAAUAUUGGACAUAUCAGUCACAGUGAAGGGAGAAACAUUCAAGUGGGAUGAUAUAUGUACUCGUGUGCCAUCUUUACUUAGUAAUGAAAAUGCUACUCAGAAAUCCCAAACAAGUGAUUACGAGUAUACAGACAGGUUAAAUAUUACUUGGUCACCCUUAAACUGGACCAGUUAUGACUGGCUUGAAAUCACUAACACAACAGACAUAUGGAACGACUAUGAUUAUGAAGAACAAUGGGCAAAUGAAUCCCCAACCAACAUUUACUUGUCUGCAGAGGAAGCGCAGAUGAUGGAAGCUGUAUCUCAAAAUGCAAUACAAACUGUGCAAGAGGAUUACAGCCUAGUCCUACCAAGAACUGAUUAUUGUGACCUACUUGAAUCAAAACAAAGUAUCUGCUAUGAGACAAGCCUGUUAGAAAUUUGGGGUUAUAACAAUGAUGCCAUCAUUGAGCUCACAGACGAAAAAGUUGUGAAGGAUGUUAAUGAAGCUUUUAUGAGCAAUGUCUUUGGCUAUCCAACAAAGUUUGAUAAAUACCUGGGGGGUAUCCAGCGGGGUCAGAAUAACACCAUCAUAGCAGCCAGAGCAACAAUGCAUACUUGGACAACCAAAAUACAAAAAAACAAGACAAAUGUAGUAGACCUUGGAACUGGAGAUAUUGUGGAUGAGGGAGGGAUGGCCUGGGAAAUGGCACUUGUAGAAGAGGCACGGUCAUUUGUGGCACCAGGUAUUAGACUACAUAUCCAUGCUGCUCACAGCUUUGGAAAAGUCAGUGCUGAAACUAUAAAAAAUGAUAUAAAGUGGGUAGUGUGUGGAUGGAUGGUGCUAGUAAUCUAUGUGUUAGUUACUCUUGGCUGCCCUGGACCUGCCAUUGUGGGCCUUGUAUGUAUUGCUGUAGCUGUUGCAGCUACUUUUGGUUUGUGCUCAAUUAUUGGGGUACCAUAUGGUCCAAUCAACUCAGUACUGCCUGUGUUACUCAUAGCCCUUGGAGUUGAUGAUAUGUAUGUUAUAGUUGCAUCCUGGAAAGCUGCUGGUAACAAAGACACUAUAAAAUCAAAAGCAAGAGAUGCACUAAGGCAUGCAGGUGUAGCUGUUACUGUCACCUCAUUAACAGACGCUGUGGCCUUCUUGAUUGGAGCAACUACACAGGUUCCUGCUCUUUGUUGGUUUUGUAUCUAUGCUGCCACUGGGGUGUUUAUUGUAUACUGUCUGCAGUGUACUGUGUUUGUAGCAGCACUUGCCAUUAACCAAAAAUACCAAGAUUCUAAGAAACCUAGCUGUUACAAACUCCCAAGGAUUACAAACUGGUCACUUUCUGGGGCAAUGAAGGGGUAUGCCACAUGUUUAGUAAAAACCCCAGCACAAGUGGCAGUAAUAAUAGUAGCCACCCUAAUGUUAGGAGUGGGUGCAUGGGGUGCAAUAAGCCUUCGCCAAGAAUUUAGUCCUAUUUGGUUUUUACCAAGAUCCUCAUAUUUGUACAAUUGGUUUACAUCCAUGAAUUCCUAUUUCCCAAACGAUGGUGAACCAGGAAGUGUGUAUUUCUCAAAUGUCUCGCUACCAGAUGAAAUACCAGCAUUACGGAAAUUAUCAGCAGACUUAAGGGACUCGCCCUACAUUACUCAAGUUAAUGCAUGGUUUAACAUUUUUGAUGUUUACAUGUUAGAGUACAGGAAGUACACUGAGGUUAAUUUGACAUCUGAAACAAUGUAUGAUGUCCUCAGCCUCUUUUUAAAUUCUAAGAGUGGUGCACAAUUCAAGAAUCAUUUUCUGUUUGAUGGAAACUUACACUGCAAUGAGCCUGCUCCUCAAUUUAAAGCUUUCAAAAUUGACUUUACAUAUGCUAGAUUAAAGGAAAGAUCUGACCAACAAGCAGCAAUGAACAGUAUUAGAAAAAUUGUGGCUGCUGCAAAUGUAUCUGGGUAUCAUGCAGUAUGGGCGCAUGUAUACAGCCAGUGGGAAACAGACUCAGCAUUAGCAGCUGAACUCUGGCGGAAUUUGAGUGUAGUAGUUGUUGUUGUUGCAACCAUGACUCUCCUCCUCAUGGCAGCAUUUCGAGCUGCAUUUCUAGUCUUACUAAGUGUACUUGCCACACUUUUGGAUGUGAUGGCAAUCAUGCAUAUCUGUGGUCUUACUAUUGAUACAGUCAGCUGCAUUGCUUUAGUGUUAGCAAUAGGAAUCUGUGUUGAUUACUCAGCUCAUGUGGCCCAUGCUUUCCUCAACGUGACAGGCAGCAAGAAAGAACGUGUUCAAGAUACCAUUGCACAAGUAGGACCUGCAGUAUUACAUGGAGGCACUUCAACACUUGUUGCCUUCCUCCUUCUUGCACCUGCUGAUUCACAUCUAUUUUUGUCUUUCUUCCAAAUCUUUACAAGUGUGUCAGCUUUUGGCCUCUUCCAUGGGCUUGUUCUUUUGCCGGUUCUGUUGUCAAUCAUAGGUCCUGAGCCAUAUCCCCAUCAUCUUGAGCAAUGCCCUUCCUUGAUGAAUGUUACAACAAAAAUGGACAAGGACCCAAAUAACACAUGCUACAAUAAAACUCCAGCUGAUGAACCUUUGAAAUUGAAAGAUACAAAAAAUUACCAAACCCAUAGAAAUAGCACCCAUAAAACAACAAUAGCCAAAGAUGUACAAAGAGCACUAAACCACAAAAGGUCAAAGAGUUCCUCCAAGGCAAUGGACCCUGAGCACCAGUUUGCAGCAACAACAGAAUCGGGAAAUUCUUUGCAAAAUAUUAAACAAAUAGCAAAGAGGUUAACUAUGUGAAAAUGUUUGAAUAAUUGAUUCAAACAACACAAUUAUGUGAACUAAAUUAUAGUGCUGUAAAUAUAUUCACUUGAUAGUUUGGGUGAAGAGCUGGUGAACUUAUUUUUUCCAAAGAAAAUUAUUUAAAAGACUGUGAAACUUUGUGUCACAAGAAAUCUCAGUUGCAUUCUGGAAUAACCAUAAUAAUGAAUAUCAGGUUUUACUGAUGUCUGUAUUUUAUUUGUGAAGUGACUGACAAGAAAUAUUUGUUGUAGUCAGUAUGUUACCAAGAGUACAAUGUGCAACAAUCUACUCAUUUUAGCCAUGAAUUUACCUGUGCGCUGAAAUUUAUAUUUUGUAAAUAGACUUCUGAAAUAGUAUCAAAGGAAAUGUGAUAAGGCAUUAUGUUAAACAAUCUGACUAGUCAAGACAAAUGUUGUUAGAAGUUGAUUUCUUUAAUACUUAAUGUUAUGGGCAAUGUUGACUAAUAUCAACUGUGCAAUUUUAAAGACAUGUGAUGUGUUUAAGUGUGUACUGGUUGCUUAUUGGUUCUGCAGAAUAAAAAUAUGAAUUCAUAA